AUGAUCUGUCUUCAUCAGAUGUUUCUCUUUUUGAGGAGAAAAGAGGCGAAAAAAAUACAUAAAAAGGAGAAGAGGGCACGUAAAAAUCGUAGAUCUUUACUUCUAAAGUCUACUUCUGCGGGUGAAUAUUCGUGGGAAAAGACAUAUCAUCGUUCUUGGGAUGUUGUUCAAGAAGAUCAGCAGGGAAGCCUUACAACUACACUUAUUCAGAUGACGCAAGAAGGAAAACGUAAGAGGAUUCUUCGUGAUACAGUUCCGUUGCAACGUGGAAUUAUUAGAUAUCUUGUUCUUGUCCUUGAUCUUAGUUCUGCAAUGGCUAAAAGAGAUAUGAUUCCUACUAGGUAUCUUGUGGAAAUUGAUCAUGCCUCUGCGUUUGUUUUAGAAUAUUUUGAACAGAAUCCAUUAGCUCAAUUAUCUAUUCUCGGCAUGCGUGAGGGUCGCGCUGUGCUUAUUAGUUACCAAGGAGGAAGUCCUCAUGAACAUUUGAUUGCUUUGAAACGAUUAAAACAGAUGGAUCCUUCAGGUGACGUAUCUUUACAAAAUGCUUUGGAAAUGUCUCGUACACUUUUAUAUUCUGCUCCAAAGCAUGGAACAAAAGAAGUUUUGUUAAUUUUUGGUUCAUUAAUGUCACUUGAUCCAGGUGAUAUUCAUGAAACAAUUGAUGCUUUAAUUAAAGAUAAAAUUCGUGUAUAUAUGGUUGGUCUUUCUGCUUCUGUUUCCAUUUGUCAAAAAAUAUGUAAAGAGACGAAUGCUGGUGACGAAUCGUCUUAUGGCAUUGUUUUGAAUGAACAGCAUUUUAAAGAUCUUUUGAUGCAAUUUGUUAUACCUCCUGCUUUACAAAAGUCAUAUGAAUCUUCAGGAACGUUAGUUAUGAUGGGAUUUCCGUCGAAAUUAGUUGAAAAAGAAACAUUAUGUUCUUGUCAUUCGAAUGUAAUUAAAGAAGGAUAUCUCUGUCCACGAUGCUAUUCUAAUGUUUGCUCGCUUCCAAUUAAUUGUCCAAACUGUGAUCUUACAUUAAUUAUGUCUACCCAUUUAGCGCGUUCUUAUCAUCAUUUAUUUCCUCUUAAAAAUUGGGUAGAGGUUCCAUGGGAAGAAGCAGUUUCGACACAUUGUUAUGCUUGUUUAAUGCCUUUUCCUGAAAAACCUAAAGAACUUACUUCAGAUUUAUUUUAUAAUACUAUUAAUCAUUCUAAAGAAAAAAAUAGAAUAGAUUCGUUUUCGGUUAUGCAUAAUUCUGUUUCAAUUAGUUUUCGGUAUGCAUGUUCUGAUUGUCAUAAACAUUUUUGUAUUGAUUGUGAUGUUUUUGCGCAUGAAAUUUUGUUUGAGUGUAUUGGUUGUCAAACUACCCUAAAAUAUAAAGAGAAUAAAGGUGCUAGUGCAUUAGCUUUAUUGGAGAAAAAAUAG